AUCUUCACCCUCACCGACGUCGCCAUCAUCCCCCUCUCCUCUCAACGCGACGCGGAGACGGCGAUCGCGCACAUCCGCGCGACGCAGCAACAGACCGCGGCAGGCGAGGAUGCGGAGGAUUCGGCGUCGGAGACGGAGUCGAUUCUGAGCGAGGACUCGAUACCGACGCCGGAGCGAGAGGCGAAAGGGAGUUCGACUACGAGCGAGGUGGUGGAGGAUGUGUUUGGGCGGAAGGGGAUGUAUGGGCGGUUUGCGCAGCGGUGGUUUUCGCGGAGGAAUUGGCGGGGUGAGCCGGAAGUUGCGGCGGAGAGGAGGGACGAGAUGGAGUUGGAGGAGUUGAGGAAGAGGGAGGCGAGGGGGGAGGCUGGUGAAGAGGGCCUUGAGACACCACUGGACUCGACGGCUGUAGAGGAUGUAAACCAAGACGAGACUCCCGAGCCGGUGAAGGUGGACGAUGACAUGCCCGAGCCGUUGCUGCCCAAGGUUUUGAGGGUUGCGAAAUUGCUGUUCACGUCGAGGAGUUUCUACUUCUCGUAUGACUACGACUUGUCAAGAACGGUGACGGAGCAAGAGAAAGAAGCGGAUUCGGUGCCGUUAAGUCAAAGAUUCAAUUCAUUGUACUUCUGGAACCGUCAUAUUACGGAUCCUUUCAUGGAAGCCGGCCAGCAUAGCUUUGCCCUACCUCUUCUACAAGGAUUCGUUGGGCAGCGCGAGUUCGAGGUGGAAGUAUCACCGACUAGCAAGGAGGGGGCGAUUAUCAGUGCAUCUAAACCGGAAGAGGAUGAUGAAGAGACGAUAGAGAGCGCCGAGUCUUCCGGCGAUCCCCGGCAGAGCCGUAAGCAGUAUCUCUUAACCUUAGUCUCCCGCCGAUCCGUCAAACGAGCCGGACUGCGAUAUCUACGCCGCGGUGUCGACGAGGAAGGGAACGCGGCCAACAGCGUCGAGACCGAGCAGAUCUUCUCAUCCUGCGACUGGGACGACCACGACACGAAGAUACAUUCCUUUGUCCACUUCAAGCCGAUCCCCGCAUUCUUCGGAUCGCCGGAGACCAACCGGGCGGCGUUCCAGCUUCAUUUCUCGUCGUUGAUUGAGCGGUAUGGCAAGAUUCAGGCGGUGUCGUUGGUGGAUAAGAAGGCGACCGAGCGGAAGAUCGGACAGGAGUUUGAAAAUCAUGCGAACGAGGUUGUCGAUAGCGGAGUGUUGGGAGAGGGAAAGUUUGGUUUUCUAUGGUUCGACUUCCAUCAUGUCUGUCGAGGGAUGAAGUUCGAAAAUGUCUCGAUCUUGCUCGACAGCAUUUCUUCUUUCCUGACAUCCGCUGCCUGGUCGAUUCAAGAAGGGGAUCGCCUCGUGCAGAGGCAGUCUGGCGUCAUCCGGACAAAUUGCAUGGACUGCCUGGACCGCACGAAUGUUGUACAAUCCGCAUGUGGUCGAGAUGUCCUCGAGAAACAACUCGCCACAUGUAAUGUCUUGAUUAACCUCCAGACCGAUCCCACCACGUCAUGGUUCAACACACUCUGGGCUGACAACCGCGAUGCGAUAUCUGCACAGUAUGCAGGCACAGCUACGCUCAAGGGCGACUACACGCGGACAAGAAAGCGGAAUAUCAGUGGUGCUCUGAACGACUUCCGGCUUACUUUGAAUCGGUACUACAACAACAUCGUAAACGACUACCUCGCACAGGCGGUCAUUGACUACCUUCUCGGCCGCGCAUCCGCCCAGGUCUUCGCGGACUUCGAGGCCGAGAUGAUGUCUCAAGACUACGCGGUGGAUUUGAAGAAAAUGAGACAAGGCGCUAUCGACAACUGCCUCCAGAUCGCCGUCGAAGAUGCGCGGGAAGAGUUCAUUGCGGGCUAUGCUCUGACGUCGCUGCGCAGGGCGUCAACCCUGAAAACGCUGCCGUUCGAAGAAUGCGUGCUGCUCUUGACGGGAAGCGCGCUGUACCUGUGUCGCUUCGACUGGAACACCGAAAAGCUGCGUGAAUUCGAGCGGGUCGAGCUAGAGGACAUCAUUGACAUCACCCGCGGAGUGUACAUCACGUCGACGUUAGCGCCGAAGCAUUUAGACGAGACGAAGAACAUCGGCAUUGUCCUCCGAUAUGUCAGCAAAGGGCCACGAAUGGUGCGGACGAAUACCAGGAGCCUUGGAAACAAGCAGAAAGAAGGCGAGACGACUCCCGACGAAGGGGAGGACGAUACGGUUGCGAACCAGCCGACGUCUCAGGAGACCAAGUUCUGGGCGCUGAAAGCCGGCCAACCGGUCUCGACUUUAAAGAGCAUACACAGCAGCGCCACCGCGCUGAAUGAGCGGGAGGUUCUCGACCUCAUAUGUCAAGAUGUAAAGCAAGCAGUCGAUCUUCAUCGCCAGCCGACAUCCGAGAUAGAAGGGGAACCUGGUGGAAAGGAAGCAUGGCGGAGGGAGCCGCUCACAGUGGAGGAGGGCGACAUUAUUUCUGUUGCGGAAGCGAAGAAGAGCACGGGAUUGAUUGAACAGAUGACAUAUAACCUGAAGCGGCUGGUCUGGACAUAGGGAAGUAUAUAGCGAGGUCUUGGU